UUUUACUCCUGUGAUGCUUGAUUAUAAGAUACAUGAUGAAAACAAUUCACUUUAUAAUACUCCUCCUUGUUAUGGUAUUUACAUGUGUGGUUUGGUUUUUGAGGAUCUUUUGAAACAAGGUGGUUUGAAGGAGGUUGAGAAGAAUAACAAGAAGAAAGCUCAGAUUCUGUUUGAUGCUAUUGAUGAGAGUAAGGGGUUUUAUAGGUGUCCUGUGGAGAAAUCUGUGAGGUCUUUGAUGAAUGUGCCUUUUACUUUGGAGAAACAGGAAUUUGAGGGUGAGUUUCUUAAGGAAGCUGCUAAGGAAAAGAUGGUUCAACUUAAGGGACAUAGGUCUGUUGGUGGUAUGAGAGCUUCAAUAUAUAAUGCUAUGCCGAUGGCUGGAGUUGAGAAGUUGGUUGCUUUCAUGAAAGAUUUUCAGGCCAAACAUGCUUAGAUGAGGAUCAUAAUUCAUACUUAUAUGUCUAGAACAAAAACUUGCAUUUAGUAGCUUUUGUGUUUGUUAUUUCUGCUGAUUAAAAUAGGUCUUUUCAUGUUUUUGCUUUCUUUGGUUUUUUACCUUGUCUCUGCCAUGUUUUGAUAUUCAAAUCGGGUUGGGUUGAACUAGUGUUUUCAUUAUCUACACAAGUUUGUAUGGAUUUGAACUAUUAUGGUAAAUUAUGUACAAACUACAAACUGCAAAUACCUUGAUGUAUACUAGAAAAGACUC